AUGUAUAAGAUUAUUAUUAUUUGCAUAUUACUGCUUACUACGUCAAUCACUAAUGCAAUUAAAAUUAGUGGAGGAGGAAAUCGUGGCUCAAGCGGAGCACGAAUAAGUUCGCGCACACAGCAAAGUAAUUUUCGUCCACAGCACAGUAGUCAUUAUCCACAACAGAUUGGUCAUUAUCCACAACAGAGUGGUCAUUAUCCACAACAGGGUGGCCAUUAUUCACAGCAUCCAAAUAGUUAUCACCAACCACCUGCAGGUCAUCAGGGCAAUUUUAUGCAAAAACCGUCCAGUAAAGGAACAUUUGGGAAAGCAUUUGUUGGUGGUGCACUUGGAGCUGCCGCAGGUUUGGCAACUUUUGAAAUAGGAAAGGCAAUUCUUCGUUCCAAUUCCGAACCUCUGAGAACACCAAAUGGUCAAAGUUUCUAUUUUGAUGAGCGAAAUCAUCAGUCCAAGAAAGGCUAUUUUAUGUGUUCGGUGCCGCUUGAUGAUGUAGUGAAGUCGUUACAGGUACAAUUCAGCGAUGGUUCAAGGCCGAAAUCAUUAACUUGGAAUUGUAAGGCUGAUACGGAGGUAUGCUGUGGCACUGAUUGUUGUCCACGAAUUAACCCUGGUGAUUUUGCUCAUCGCGAAAGACCCUCAUGGAUUAUUUUUGUUAG